AUUAGUAGUAUAGCCUGGGUUAAGAGGGGUAUUCCUGAGCAGCACCCAACAAAGUAUGAGCUCGAUGAUAAGGAGAUGGAGAGAAUAUCUGCUUUAGCAAAAGUUGAAUUGGAAGACGCACAAACUGAACUUGCUAGAGCGGAGAAGGAAGCUAAAGAAAUGGAUGAAAGAAGAGCCAAGGAUGAGGGUAUGGAUGUCGAGAAUGACAACGAUGACGAGAAGGAAGAAGACGACGACGACGACGACGAGAGUAUGAGUGAGGAUGAAUCCAGCGAGAAGAAGGAGAAGAAGGAUCCUAACGAUUUGUCUGAGUAUAACUUAGAGAACUAUGAUGAGGAAUCGAAUGAAGCUGGUGCACUCGGAGCAUUCUCUAACAUCAAAGGUCUUUCUUACUAUAAAAAUCAAGACGAAGACCCAUACGUUACCCUCUCAGAAGAACAAAAGAAGGAGGAAGAUGAUGAAUUAAGGGAAGAAAUGGAAGUUCUCCCAUCAGAUAACAUGAUCGUGUCCGCAAAGACAGAAGACGAGUUGUCAAUCUUAGAAGUUCACGUUUACGACGACUCACAAGAGAAUCUAUACGUCCAUCAUGACCUCAUGUUGCCGUCUUUCCCACUCUGUUUAGAAUGGCUUGAUUAUACACCAGGAAAUGGUAACCCAGGCAACUUCAUCGCCGUCGGUACCUUCGAGCCAGAAAUUGAAAUCUGGUCUUUGGACAAAAUCGAUGGUAUGUAUCCAGACACUAUUCUUGGUAAACUCGAAAAGGGCAAAUCUGCAAAAUUGACUGCACCUGCUGCUGGUACUGGUAAAAAGAAGUCAAAGCUUAAUAAAGCAAAUGAUGAAUAUCACACUGACGCUAUUUUGUCAUUGAGUUGGAACAAAUUACAUAGAAAUAUUCUCGCAUCUGGUUCAGCCGAUCAGACUGUCAAGUUAUGGGAUUUGAAUACAUCAAAAGCAUUGAGAAGUUUCAACCCACACAAUGAGAAAGUUCAGUCUUUGCAAUGGAAUGAAGAGCAAGGUGAAGUUUUAUUGACAGGUGGCUUCGAUAAGACCGUUAGAGUAUUCGAUACGAGAUCUCCUGAUGAUGGUGUCGGUUGCCUCGUCAGUGCUGAUGUUGAAGUAUGUAAAUGGGAUCCAUUUAGUAGUAACAACUUCUACGUCUCAACUGAGAACGGUUUGGUUCAACAAUUCGAUAUUAGAAACCUUUCAUCCGUCAAGCAAGGUGAUAAAGUUGUCAACGAAUCGCAAUCAAUUUUCACUUUGGCUGCACACGAUGGUGCAACUUCUGCACUUGAUAUUAAUCCACAUUUCAAGGGCUGUAUGGCCACAGGUGGUACUGAUAAACAAAUCAAGAUUUGGAACAUAGAUCAAACGGAAAGUAGCCUCAAUAAUGUCAGUUUAACAACAUCUAGAGAUUUGGAUAUUGGUAGAAUAUUCAAUGUAUCCUUCAGUCCUGAUGAUCCAUUGGUCUUGGCUGCAGGUGGAUCUAAAGCUAAAUUGCAAGUAUGGGAUAUAGGUACAAACACUAAUGUCAGGAAAGCAUUCUCUGGUCGUAUCAGCAACUUCCAAGAGCGUGAACGUCAAAACGAAGGUUUAGUUGGCGUUCAAUCGGAUGAUGAAGAUGACGAGUAUGAGGAUGAGUAAGGGUUUGGUUCUUUUUAUAUACUAAUUUUUGCAUUACUGUAUUUAUAACAACUCUCAUUUCAUAAUCUCCUUUUAUGGGAAUAGAAUGGCGCUAUUGUUUUAAUUGCUUGAGGGAAGCUGUUUGAUACACUGACACUUUUUUUUAUCCAACCGGGUAGUUUGUUUUGGAUUUGCGAUGUUGCAAAUCUCUUAUCAAUUAGUAUCAAUCCAGCCCAGUCAUUUUGAUGUCUGAUUGCUCUACCGAUGGAUUGAUUCACUGCCCUCAUACAUUGGUUCAUUACUAAUUCGUUACCAGUGUCUUGAUUUGCUUGUUUGUUGAAGCUCCUCACAUAAUUCUUUCGUUCUUCCAAAGCUGGUGAUGGUGAAGGGAAAGGUAGUCCAACCAUGGCUAUUCCUCGUGCAAGGUUGUCAGAAAAGUUAAUACCUUCGCUCAAUUUUGCGCCAACAACUGCGAAAAGUAUAGAUCCUGUCAUCUUGUCUGAUUUGUUUAGAAUUGCCUCUGCAUACUUAUCUAAGGUUGCUUGCACAUCUGUUGAUUCCUUAGGCUCACGGAACACUUUCUUUUUCUGCUCAAUCCGCUUGAGUAAUCCAGAAGCCUUCCAAUGAGAUUCAACAGUAUUCAAGUAACCAUAAGAUGGAAAAAAGAUUACUAAACCAUCUGGAAUAAGAUUGACUAGAUUCUGAAUGAUCAUACCUAAUUCAUUCAGUAAGUCCACCUUUGAACGGUUUUCAAACCUGAAAUCCAUUUCUUGUCCACUCGGACCUUUGGUUAUAGCAGUAGCGAGGAGAUUGGUUGGUGGUAUAACGUGUUCGCAACUCAAACUAUUAAAUCGAGAUGCGGGAAGUGAAGGCAUUAAGAAUGUCUUGAAAUCGCUAACAGGAUGCAUUGUACCACCGGCCAAGAUAAUUGAUCGAGCAUCAUCAACUAUGCUCUUAAAGUGUUCAGCUCCGUUCAGCAAUUGAUAGCUCAAUCGCGGUAUUUCAGCAUCGAAAGUCACAACAACGCGACCAUCAGCGUCUGGAUAAGCCAAAGCGAGAAGGAGACUUUGAACUUGAUGCAUAGAAUUUGCAGAUGCGUAACUAAGGGAUUCAGGACUAGUUAAUUGUCCAUUUUUCAAUCCAUCUUUCUUUGCUUCACGUUCAGCAAAAGAACCUAACUUCUGCGACAUAUGCGAAUCACGGAGGUAUGCCUCUACAUUACCCAAGUUUACAUCCUCACCGAAGUCUCCCACGACAUCUUUGGGGAGGUAAAUAAUCUCCUGAGUGGGUUUCUUGUUAACAGAACGGACUUUCUGGCAGAAAUUUAUCAAUCCCUUUAACGUUUUGGCGUAGAGUUUGAGAGAUACUACGUGAUUACCCUUUAGGCGCUUGCCAUAGCGCUGUAUAUACGUAGACAAGGCCUUCAUUGCCGCAUUCAGUGUCUUUAAAGAGACGCUGCAUGAAUGUACGGCGAGGAUGGUGUCAAUGAGAUUGUGGGCUUCAUCUAUCACAACUAUGUGAUCUUUUAAAGAUAUACCCAUGGAUUCUCUCGCACGUUUUGAUAGGAGAAGAUUGUACGGGAGGGUGCAUAUUUCAGACUGUUUGAUCGCCCGUCUUGACCCAUAAUAAGGGCAGACAUUGAGGUUCUUGCCAAGUUCCUCCAAAUCUUCAACAUUACGAAUGGAAGCUAAGGCAUGAUCGCGAAAUUCGAGUAAUUUCGUCUGCUCCUCGAUCUUCGGAUAGAAUUUACAUCUUUUCUCGCUAGAGGCAGGUGCCGUUCGCAGCUCCCUGCAACGUUCAUUCAAGCCCGCGUCUCCGCCUGGUGCAUUCCUUGCCUUUUCGUUGAUACAGAGGUUUUUGCGAGAUGCCAGUGAUAUCACACGGGCAUCCUGCUUAUAUGUGGUUUUGUUUAUCUCAGAGAUAAAUUGCGAUAGCUGUGAAUGCGUGCGAGAAGCAAAAAAUAUCUUCGUUCUAUCUACCUCUUGAUCUUCUAGUUCAGCUGCCUCGAGAUAUUUUGAAUGCUUUUGAUUUCUAGAUCCUUUUUUAGAAGCGUCCAUCUCAAAUUGAUCUAGCAUUGCCUUGGCAUCUGCAUUUAUGUCGUCAUUCUCGUCAUUAUGCUUGAUGUCAUCUGGCAAGAAAUCAUCAUCUUCAGCUGUCUCAUCAUAGUCUAUCCGAAUCUUCUUCCUUGGCUUAUCGAUUGUGUCUUUGAGUGAAUGAUUACGCAGGGAUGCUUCCUUUUCCUUGACAGCUGCUAGCCUCUCAUCCAUAAGCCUAACUUCAUUUUCAAGGUCUUCUCUUUUGAGUUUGAUAGUAUGCUCGAUGACCCAAGCGGGUUUAUUACCUCUAUUUGCUAGUAAUUCCUCUCUUAGCUUGCUUAUCGUUGAUUCCCUUGACUGUGGAAAAGUAUGUCAGGAAUGUGACUGACAAGCAAAUCAAAGCAUACGCGUAUAGCAUUGUCCCUCAACCAUGACAAACUAGCAACUAAUAAACUGAGUGAUUUACCCUAACAAGCCUAUAAAAAACGCAGAAUGUCGGUGUAUAGUAGACUCACAGUACCGGUGGGUGAUUCAAGCACCGCAACUUUGCUAUUCUCGCAUGCGUCGUAGCACGCAGACAUGAAUUCAUUCUGUAUAGGGUACGGCUCGUAGGGGAAUGCAGAAAAUUCCUUGGUCAUGAUAAGCCAAGCUAAGUUGCGUGCCUCGAAAUUUCUCUUUUUCCUACGUCCAUUUUAUGACAAAUAGCGAAACACCGCCUGUUGAUGAUUUACUUAUAGCUGUAUUUAACAGUGUACUCGAAGUAAUAGUACUCUGCUUAUGUGGAUACUUCCUGGCCACAAGGAAGAUAAUUGAUAAACCAGCCACACGCUUACUUAAUAAACUCAAUGUUGAUUUAUUCACACCCGCACUUUUAUUCUCGAAAGUGGCGUUCUCUUUAUCGCCAUCUAAACUCAAAGAAUUACACGUUAUUCCCAUUGGAUUCGUUCUUAUAACUAGCGCUUCCGCACUUUCAGCCUAUCUUUUAGGUCGUUUGGUUGGUCUUAAUAAGCGCCAGAGAAACUUUGCAAUAGCAUGUGGUGCAUUUCAAAACUCUAAUAGUCUUCCAAUAGCACUCAUGCAGUCUUUGGUUGCGACUGUCCCACACCUUAAAUGGACAGCGCAUGAUACGAAGGAAACGAUGCUCGGUAGAUCCCUGACCUACUUAGUCGUCUAUUCUACAUUAGGACAGAUCCUUAGAUGGAGUUGGGGUGUCAGGUUGCUCGCGGCAGCCGACGAAUCUGAAGACAAUCGAUCAAUUUCAGCUUCAGAAGAAGCGACAGUUUUCAACGAUACUACAGCAGCUGAUACUGAUCCUGCUGCUGCAUUCACUCAGAAUUCACACAUUGAAUCCGCUGGAAACUAUCCAAACAUUACACUCUCGCCGUCUGCUCCAUCUAGCAGUGCUCCUUCCCCUGUCACUUACACUAAUGACCAGAAAUUAUCUCCUAAAACGACACAUCCUGAUAUAGGUAACCCGCCUCCAGAAUCUUAUUUCCACGAAACCGCUGAUGAAAGCGAUCAAGCUGAUACCUUAUCUAGUGAUGAUAGUGAAUGGGGACUGCCGAGUGGUACAGGUAAAGUCAGCACUUUACAGCGUAUUUGGAAAAAGACUUCAAAGAGAAUGUCAAGAUUAUGGUCAGGGUUUAUAUCUUUUAUGACUCCACCACUUUGGGCAGCAUUUAUCUCGCUUGUGAUUGCGUUGAUCAGGCCAUUACAAGCCGUGCUUGCUAAGGCUACGCCGCUUAGAGGUGCCAUCAAAAGUGCUGGAAAUGUCUCAGUUCCGCUCACGCUUGUCGUACUUGGUGCAUACUUCUAUUCAUCAUCACCAGAGACCAAACCAACUACCAUUCAAGCGUCCGCCAAUCAUAUUGAAGGCGAUUUACAAAGAAGUCACCCAAGCUUUGUCAGUAGUGUCCAGUCAUUCUUCACAAAUGGAGUUUCAAACAUCACGAAAGCGCGCACGCAUGUUAGCAAGGAUAAAAGAGGAGAAAGAAGAACUAUAUUUGUCGCAGUAGUGGCCAGGAUGAUCAUUACACCUGCUAUGCUUUUGCCGUUGUUCCUUUGGGAUGACCUCACCCGCAACGACCGAAUACUCGACGAUCCGGUGUUUAUAGUCUCUGCGUGUUUAUUGAUAGGCUCACCGCCAGCGCUUACACUCGCACAAUUGACGCAAGCCACAUCGGGUGACGCAUUUGAGAAAUUGAUUUCGAAAACGUUGUUCAUUAGUUAUGCCCUUAUUACGCCUAUAACGUCUAUUAUUAUUGUAGCCCUCGGGUUAGUAUUGUCUAAGCAAGUUUGAUCAUAGAUUAAUAUAUCUUCUU